AAAAAAGAGGAGAUGCAGGCAACAUGUGUGCUCAACCAUGUGGGUGCAAGCAGCACAUGGGCUCAGGCAGCAUAUGCGCGCAGGUAUUUUUCUAUUUGCAGCAAAAUAGAACACUUGUAAAAUUUGUUUUGCUUUUUGUACCACACCCAGUGUGCUCAGGCACUUCUCCCAAGUAGUACUCUCAAGUCACUCUAGGCAGGCCUACCUAGGGUCAAACUCAGGGCUCCAGCAUGUAAGGAAUAUACAUUAUUCCUUGGAGCUAGCUCUCCACUCCCCCCCUUUUUUUUUUCUUAAUGUAUUAUAAUCCCCACCUCACCAAGCAUAGCUCUUGAGCAACAGUGACUUUGGUUUCUGUUAAAAAAAAAAAAAAGUUUUUAGGGGCCCAGAGAGAUAGUACAGCAGGCAGAGCUCUUGCCUUGUACAUGGCCAGCCCAGGUUUCAUCCCUGGCACCCAUAUGGUCCCCUGAGACCAGGAGCCAUUCCUGAGUGCAGAGCCAAGAAUAAGCUCUGAGCACUGCUGGGUAUGGCCUCAAAACAAAAACCUAUAGCUAAAGAAUUUUGUUUUGGGGGGACUGGAGCAAUAUAGCACAGUGGGUAGGGCAUUUCCCUUGCAUGCAGCCAACCGGGUUCCAUUCUUCCGUCCUUCUCGGAGAGCCCGGCAAGCUACCAAACUAUCCUGCCCACACGGCAGAGCCUGGCAAGCUACCCAUGGCAUAUUUGUUAUGCCAAAAAUAGUAACAAGUCUCACAAUGGAGACGUUACUGGUGCCCACUCGAGCAAACUGAUGAACAACGAGACGACAGCGCUACAGUGCAGUGCUUGUUUUGGGGGGACCACACUCAGUAAUGCUGAGAGGUCACUCUCGGCUCUGCACUCAGGAACUACUCCUGGCGGUGCUUCCAAGGGUCAUAUAAAAUACUGGGCAUCAAGCCUGGGUUGACCGCGUGCAAGGCAGGCACCCUGCCUGCACUGUACUAUCACUCUUUUUUAUUUCGUUUGUUUUCAGACUCUAUCCAGCUGUGCUGGGGCAGGGCUGAGGUACUCCCUGCUCUUGAGUGGGGGACUGUGCAGGAAUUGAACCUGCUUCUGCUGUUUGCCAAACCUGUGCUCCAGCCCGCUUAGCUAUCUUUCCAGCCCUGAACAUUUUUAUUCAACUUAGAAGUGUGAGGGCCAGAAAAAUAAGUAAAUAGUAUCUUGCCUUCUAUGUGACUGACCCUGGCUCUAUCCCCAGCACCAAAUCCCUGAGUACCACCAGGGGUCACUCCUGAGCACAGAGCCAGGUAUAGCCCCCAGGGUCUAGUCAGCCUUUAUGUAGAAAAUCCAGGAGCAAAAACCAGGCCAGUUAAUAGACGAGUCUGGAAGGAAUAAGCUUGAUUCACAAAUACUAUCAUUUACAGGUAACGGCACUGGCUUGUAAGAAAUGUUGAUUGAUGGGCUGGAGCGAUAGCAUAGUGGGUAGGGCAUUUGCCUUGCACGUGGCCGACCGGGGUUCAAUUCCCAGAAUCCCAUAUGGUUCCCCGAGCACCACCAGGAGUGAUUCCUAAGUGCAAAGCCAGGAAUAACCCCUGUGUAUUGCUGGGUGUGACCCAAAAAAAAAAAAAAAGUUGAUUUUUCUAAAGUCACACAUCAUGCACCCAGAGGUUGCAUGGUCUUGCGGGAUUAUUCCUUUCACUAGUUCAUGGCUCUCUUUGUUCUCUGAAAUCCUGCCACUAGUUUUGAAGAAUGAGGAAGGAAGACACACAAAAAAAGGGAUCUCCAAACAGGUACUGGAUAACUGAGACUGGGACUUUUGGGUAGAUGGUGCUCCAUGCCCUUGCUGCAGUUCCACUGGGCAGGUGAGGGGGUGAAGCAGCUCAUUGGUCACAACCUCAGACACAACCACAACUCCAGGCUGGGGCUUCCCUUCUCCAGUCUCAGCCUCUGCCUUUCCUGGGGUCACUUGGGUUUCAUUUGUUGGCCACCAUGAUAAACAUACAGAUGAGUGAUCCUCUUUAGAUCUCAUAUCUUGAACAUUGCACAGUCACCCCCAAUUUGUUCUGGGGCCCUGAGGCUCGGAAGAUCACUUUGGAAAAUCAGAUUCAACGUCCAGCACCCUGUGGGCUGCUAAGCACCACCAGGAGUGACCCCUGCAUCACAAACCACCCCCCACAAAAAAAGUCCCUUAGACAUAGGACUUGGGCUGGACCGAAGGACGCUGAAGUGGGUCUCCCUAUAGUGUGCUCCCCGCUGCUGACUGGGACCCUGCCCCACCAUCCUGAGGCGUCCUGUGUGGGCUCUCAAGGCAGGAGAGGAAACACUCUGACAAUGAGGUUGGCAGAUUCUUGAAAAAAAUAUUUCCAAGGUUCAGCUAGGUUGAUUUGUAUGACCCCUGGGUCCCUAUGGAGCAAAUCCAAGGUUCAGUUGGGGAGGGGUUGGGUGACUUUAGCUCCUCAGACACAGCCAAGCGGGCUGUGGUAGAAGACAGUCCUGGAUAGCAGGUCAUGGCCUGAAAUAUGAACUGGAACGUGGUUGGAGUAGGGACCGGGACCGAGAGGGUCUGGGGGACACACUCAAGGGAGCAAUCCCAGGUCACUGGGAGGACACGCGCCUGACGCUCGAAUGGGCCCUGCUGACGUGGCAGCCCUCUCCCCUGUCCCCCAGGCCCCCCGCCCUCUCCCCCGCCCGCCAGCUGCCAGCAGGGCUCUGCCCUGUGUCUGCCACACCUGUCACUGCCAGUCUUGGUCCGGGGGGGGGGGCCCCAUCAGCCCCUCCUCAGCCACCCGGCAGAGCAAGCGGUUCGUGGGGAGGGGAGGGAACAUGGAGCGGGGGCCGGCGGUGGGGGCAGGGCAGGGGGCCGGGGCCCGGAUCCGGGCCCUGCUGGGUGGCCUGCUCAAGGUGCUGCUCUGGGUGGCCUCCGCCUUGCUGUACUUCGGGAGUGAACAGGCCGCCCGCCUGCUGGGCAGCCCCUGCUUACGGCGCCUUUACCAUGCCUGGUUAGCGGCUGUGGUCAUCUUUGGGCCCCUUCUGCAGUUCCAUGUCAACCCUCGGACCAUCUUUGCCAGCCACGGCAACUUCUUCAACAUAAAGUUCGUGAAUUCCGCGUGGGGCUGGACGUGCACCUUCCUGGGAGGGUUUGUGCUGCUGGUGGUGUUCCUGGCCACGCGGCGUGUGGCUGUGACAGCCCGGCACCUGAGCCGGCUGGUGGUGGGGGCGGCGGUGUGGCGGGGGGCUGGCCGGGCCUUCCUGCUCAUCGAGGACCUCACGGGCUCCUGCUUUGAGCCCCUGCCCCAGGGCCUGCUGCUCCACGAGCUGCCGGACCGCCGCAGCUGCCUGGCCGCCGGCCACCAGUGGCGGGGCUACACCGUGUCUUCCCACACCUUCCUGCUCACCUUCUGCUGCCUGCUCAUGGCCGAGGAGGCCGCCGUGUUCGCCAAGUACCUGGCCCACGGGCUGCCCGCCGGCACCCCCCUGCGCCUGGUCUUCCUCCUCAACGUGCUGCUGCUGGGCCUCUGGAACUUCCUGCUGCUCUGCACCGUCAUUUACUUCCACCAGUACACGCACAAGGUGGUGGGCGCGGCCGUGGGCACCUUCGCCUGGUAUCUCACCUACGGCAGCUGGUAUCGUCAGCCCUGGUCUCCAGGGAGCCCGGGCCACGGGCUCUUCCCUCGGCCACGCUCGGCACGCAAGCACAACUGAAAGCAAUAAAGGCGCUGCAAGCCUGGCUCUGGCUCCUGUUCUUUGCCUGCAGGCACCCGGUAGAGGUGGACAAGGCGAGAAGGGAAGCAGGUGGUCGCCGGGGUUGCUUAGCCGUGCCUGGCUGUGUCCAGCCUCCCUGUGGGCCGUCCACCCUCCUGGUCCUCACAGACUUUGAGAUCUCUUUGGUGUGGAUGUCAAGCCAGGGCACUGUCAGGCAGGUGACUGCCCUGGGGCAGAGGCAUCCACGUCCAACCUGUACAGGUGCACCACCUUCAGCCUGUUUUCCUUCUGCUUCCUGCGCUAAAUCUCCUUCUGCCUUCCUCCGGGGCCUAUGCAGGGUACUGACUGAGGGACACUUUCUGCCCUAC